AUGUGCCCAUGCGACAAGGGUCAUAUAUGUCAACCCACCCCAGCGCGUCGUCCUCCUCCACAGCCCACCCCGCGCGCCGUCCACCUCCGCCCACCACCGCGCGCCGUCCUCCUCCACAGCCCACCCCGCGCGUCGUCCACCUCGACAGCCCACCCUGCGCGCCGUCCACCUCCGCCCACCACCUCCGCUCCACCCUGGCGCGCCGUCGUCGCUAGGGCGCCCCACCCCCGCGCGCUAGCGAGGCCCAUCCCCGCGCGGGGUCAUCGCCAGGGCUUCCCACGCCCGCGCGCCACGAUCUCCAUUGCUGCACCAGCUGCAAUCCCCCCACGAUCUCCCUCUGAACUGCUCCACUCCCUCCACUUCGAUGAGGAUAAAUGUGGGCGCGACGUCUCCACGCUCUUCUUUCCCUUCUUCCUGCCACGCUUGCUCUCGCCGUCCUCCUUGCCGGCAGACUUGCCCGCGGGGACGCGCUUCUCCGCCUUGGGCUUCUUCCCGGCGGUCGUCUUCUCCGCCGCGGGCUUCUCCUCAGAAGAACCAUCAACUGACAAUAACAUGACACCCAAGCUUACUACACAAGAUUACUCACGUCUAAGCUCUUCAGUAAUAGCUCACGAGCUGCAACUAAAAAAUGGAGAAACCAGAUGGGUGGUUGAUACCAUUGUUGGUAAAGAGGAUGGACUUGGUUGUGAGAAUCUCCAUGGCAGUGGGGCGAUUGCCAGCGCAUAUUCUAAGGCAUACAAAGAGACCUUUACUCUGACAUUUGUGACUGGAAAAGCUGUUGGCAUUGGGGCUUAUCUGGCUCGUUUAGGCAUGAGGUGUAUACAACGUCUUGAUCAACCAAUUAUUUUGACUGGGUUUUCGGCACUAAACAAGCUCCUGGGGCGGGAGGUGUACAGUUCUCAUAUGCAAUUGGGUGGCCCCAAAAUCAUGGCUACAAAUGGCGUUGUCCACCAAACUGUGUCAGAUGACCUUGAAGGUGUUUCUGCUAUCCUGAAAUGGCUCAGUUAUGUUCCUCCAUAUGUUGGUGGUCCUCUUCCCAUUAUGAAACCCCUGGACCCACCCGAAAGACCAGUAACAUACCUCCCUGAGAAUGCUUGUGAUGCUCUUGCAGCCAUCUGUGGCAUUCAGGAUGGUGAAGGGAGGUGGUUGGGUGGUAUGUUUGAUAGGGAAAGCUUUGUGGAAACAUUGGAAGGUUGGGCAAAAACAGUUAUCACCGGAAGAGCAAAGCUUGGUGGAAUACCAGUUGGUGUCAUAGCUGUAGAAACCCAGACUGUGAUGCAAGUCAUCCCAGCUGGUCCAGGUCAGCUUGAUUCCGCUGAGCGCGUAGUCCCUCAAGCAGGUCAGGUUAGCCAAUGA